AACGGAUCACAAAUUAUCUCUUCUUCACUGUCCGGAGAUCUUCGUGGACCAUCGGAGCCGCGAUACGCACGACAUUUAUAAACGCAUUUAAAAACAGGUCAAAGACCCACAGAGCCACCAGCUUUCCUCCCCAUGGCCACGAUUCGUCAAUGUUGUGAAGUCGUUGUCAUUUCACUCAUUCUACCGUUCUACGUUCUCGGCCGACUCGCGACAUCGUUUUUCACGUAUGAACGCCCCAAGACUUGGCGUGCUGUCUGCACGCAUGCAUUGUUUCGAUUGGCCGCGCACAGUGUGACCUUCGUGAAGCUCAUCUUGGUUGAAACUACCGAUACAUACAUUAAGUGGACCAAUAGCGCUGGAGUCGUACCCGUCAUGGAAGAGCUACCGGACGGUGCGAAGCUCCUAUGGAUGGGUCCAAAGAGACUGGACAAAGUUCUAUUUUACGUGCACGGUGGCGCAUUCUUAUUUGGCUGCAGUCCAUCGUUCAUGCACUUCUUCCGGCUUCUACAAUUAGAACUCAAUAAGCGGAAUAUCAAUAUAGGCAUCGUUUUACUGGCUUAUAAACUUGCACCGGACGCGGUAUUCCCCAGCCAAGCUAUUGCCGCCAAAAACGCUCUUGAACAUCUCUUUCGCGCCGGAGUACAGCCACAGAACCUUCUCAUUGCGGGGGACUCUGCCGGAGGGAACCUCGUCCUCCAAAUCUUACAGCAUAUUAUUGAUCCGCGACCGACGAUUCCUCCCCUUACUGUCACUCCAACUUCAAAGUUUCUCGGUGUCCUGCUCAUUUCUCCUUGGAUAUGCCUUGACGGAGCUGAGUCGUUCAAAGUCAGUGACAAGUACGACCUAAUCAGUGCACGUACAUACCAUUACUUGGGCAGUCAGAUCCUUUGUGAUGUUCCUGAAGGAGAUAAGGCAUUCAUCGAUCCCGUAGGAUUUGGAGGCCGACCAUUUAUGAUCGAUACGCUGGCACAUAAAGUGCUGGUUACCUCAGGGGAGAAGGAGUGCAUGCAUCCGACACAUAAGCUGCUGGUGGAGAAAUAUUUGAAGGGAGACGUGCACUUCGCGGUUACGAAGGGAGUCAAUGGGAUCCACGAUGAUAUGCUCUUUGAUUUUGUGAUUCCAGGGGAGAAGGAGGAACGGUUGAGUCCAACGACGUGGGUGAUCAUUGAUUGGUGUGCGCGGUUGUUUGGUGAGAAAGGGUGAUGCUGUGGCUUUUUAUUCGAUGACGUAGCAAUACGUACCUGCGUUACCCAAUGGUUUGGCGCUCAGUGAAAAAUUGAAGAGUAUUUAUAUAAGAUGAAGGACUGGUUCAUGUCUGA